AUGGGAGGAUGCAACUUUAGAAGCGAUGCAUCUGCAGUCGGCAAUAUCAGCAUAGGUGACUUCAAACUGAAACAUCGUAUUGGUAAAGGUGGCUUUGGAGAGGUGUGGAAAUGCGUCAGAAAAGGGACAAAGAAGCAAUUUGCAUUAAAGAUGAUGAAUAAGGCUAAAAUUGUGAAGAAAAACUCUGUCAAUUCUACUCUAAAUGAACGGGAAUUAUUAGCGCAACUCAAGCAUCCCUUUAUAAUCAAUAUGCACUAUGCUUUCCAAGAUAAAGUCCAUCUUUAUAUUGUGACAGACCUGAUAGAGGGAGGAGAUUUCCGGUAUCAUAUGAGAAGUAGGAAGACCUUCACUGAGUCAGAAUCUAAAUUCUUGAUCGCAUGUGUAGUUGCUGGGCUCGAGUAUAUGCAUACUAAUGGGUGUCUUCACAGAGAUAUAAAACCUGAAAACCUUCUUAUGGGUGAAGACGGAUAUAUUCGAAUCACAGAUAUGGGAAUUUCAAGGAUGAGGUCAAAGGAUAACGCCAGCGAUACCAGUGGCACUCCAGGUUACAUGGCUCCUGAGAUUAUGUGAAGGCAAAAUCAUGAUGUUGCAGUUGACUUUUACGCUUUAGGAAUCAUUGCUUAUGAACUUAUGAUCGGGAAAAGGCCAUAUACCGGUAAAGAUAGAAAAGAAAUUAGAGAUAAUGUUCUCAAAGAGCAAGCUAGUAUUAAAAAGUCUAUGAUUCCUGAAGGCUGGAGUAUCGAAGCUGCAGAUUUUAUCAACAAAUUGAUACAGAGAAAGCCAGCCAACCGAAUUGGUCUUAAUGGUUCAGAGGAGUUGAAGCAACACAUUUGGUUAAAAGAUUUCGACUGGGAUGCUUUAUUAGAAAAACGCAUGGAACCAGCAUUUUACCCUAAACCAAGACCUCCUGUGAAGCCAAAGACUCUAACAACUGAAGAAGAGGAAAGACUUGAAAAGGAGAAUGAGGAGUACUAUCAGAUGUGCAGACGGGAGUCUCUUCAAAAGAUAUUUGAGGAUUAUAUUUUUGAUAUUGAACAAUUGAAGUUCCAGAAAUUACAAGAGAUAAGGCAAAAAGAUUACCUCAAGAAGAUAGGCAAGUUAGAGGAAGACCAAAAUAUAGUGACGACAAACUUUAUCUGUGAGACUCAGAAUACAAAUUAUCACGGACUCUUAUAAAUUUUAGGUAUAAAAUUCAAAUAAA